AUGGCGGACAAACCUGACAGGCCCGCCAGCACGCACAGUUCCGACAAAGAGGGGGAUAGUUUCGAAGACGCACCGGAAACCUCCUCCCUCGCCGACUCGCACGAGGAACGGUCACAGUCACGCUCCCGCUCUCUGCUACAACGAAAGUCCUCGUCCUCGACCGUACAAGAGACCAAAACAGACGCGCCUCCAUCUGCUCCUGCCGCACCUGCCGCACCUGCAGCCCCCAAGGCUACCAAAGACGAGAGCGAGGACAGCGAAGAGACAGACGAGACAGAUGAGUCGGACGAGUCUGAAGAGUCUGAAUCGGACAGCGAGCCCGAGAAGACAGAAAAGCCCGAAAAGCCCGAAAAGCCCGAAAAGGUAGAAAGGGUAGAAAAGGUAGAAAAGGUAGAAAAAACAGAAAAGGCAGAAACGACAGAACAGGUAGAAAAGGCAGAAACGCCCAGCGAGGAUGCACCGGCCAAAAAGUCGCCUCUGCUCACCGCACAUGGUGUGUCGGUAACAUCGGACAUGGACGAUGUGUCGUUGGACGGCGAUGGCUCCAAGGCCGUAGGCUCGCCGCCAAAACUACCCGCACGAAACUCCCAAGACUCCACCGCUGCGCUUCAAGGCCUCUCUGGAAGAAUGUCCCCCGUCAAGUUCCCCCCACCGCCGCCACCGCCAGCCGCACAAGAGAAACCCGCGCAGGAAAAGCCCGCGCCCGCAUCCAGAAAACUUACUGGCCCUUUUGCAUGGCUAUCGAGGAAUAGCUCUAGUAAGAAGCCCGACUCUACAUCAUCCACAACCGUGUCAGAACGGCGAAACACUGGGGCCUCUAUUGCGACUAUUGGUAGUAAUCAUGAGCUCAAUUUGAGUAAUAGUGAUGGGGACGUGGGCUCCAACCGCAAGAGCCAGGGCAGCCUCCGGGACCGUUUCAAACGGCAGCCCAAGUACGGUGCCGACCAGGCCAACGAGUAUCGGUCAGACCAGUUCGAAUGGCGCUGCUGA